AUGGGAAAGAAAAUACAUAUAUUACUCACAUUCACAGCUGUAACACUUACUCUAUGCUAUGGAUCAUAAUGCCCCAAGCCUAGUGUUGAAUAAGUAAUCUAAGCAAAAGCUUAACUAAGAGAUCCACUAAAAGCAGAUAAGACCUGCUCAAUGACCUAGAUCUGUAAGAGGAGUGAUGGUGAUCCAACAAUGUAAGAGGGUCGAUGUCCUAAUGGUGCUGAUCCCCUUCACAUAUUAAACCCUACUAUUGGGGAUGCUGAGCCUAGAGUACUUUAUAGAUAGGACUCAAAGACUAAUUUUAAAUUGAUCUGCCCAUUUAUGGAUCCUGAAUAACCAAUAUGCUGCAAUGAUGAUCAAGUAGAAAUCAUGAUCAAGGGAACAGGCUACUAGAUGGAUCCUGACGAUGGAAAUCUUACCCUAACUAAUUUCACAGUUGACCCUGACUAUGCUUGCACAAUGUUCUAAUCUUGUGCAAAAGUAUCUAUUGUCGCAGCUGCAUCUCUUUAAAGCUCUGAGGCUUUUCUUGAUUUCUUAGGAUUUAAUGGAAAACAACAAGGAAAAUCUAUCAUUAAGUUCUUGUUCAGUAAAGAUCAUACUGCAUCACUAGUUGAUAACAUCCACUCUUGUGAUGAGGCAGUCCCAGGUGACAAUGUGUUUGAUCAAUACGCUAAUUGUAAAAACUGCACCUGUGCAUACUGUGACUCAGCUUGUAAACCUCCUGAGGUCAAUGCAGAUAUCGGGUUCUUUGAUGGUUUCAAUGGGGAGCUUGUUGGCAUUUCCUACGGUGUCUUAAUUGCAUUUUCAAUCAUAUUCUAACUUCUCAGAUGCUACUGCGCUAAAAAACAAAAAGUAAAUGAGAGCAUGGAAGAGGAUAGUGCAGAUGCUGAUGAACAAACUAAAGAUAAAAUAGGAGUUAAUGCUGGAUAUGAAUCUAGCACUCCUAAACAGAAGCUUAUCUCAAACAAAUUUGAAUGA